UUUUGGAUAUCUCAAAAUAUUUCCUUAAUGAACUAUCAGGUACCGUUGCAGUAAUUACUUCUGAUGGAAGAAUGAUUGUGGGAACCCUCAAAGGUUUUGAUCAGACCAUUAACUUGAUUUUGGAUGAAAGCCAUGAACGAGUGUUCAGUUCUUCACAAGGAGUUGAGCAGGUAGUGCUGGGAUUAUACAUUGUAAGAGGUGAUAAUGUUGCUGUCAUUGGUGAAAUUGAUGAAGAGACAGAUUCAGCUCUUGACUUGGGGAAUAUUCGAGCAGAACCUUUAAACUCAGUUGUGCAUUGAGAGAUGAAAGUGCACAAGGACUUUGUAAAUCUUUGGUUGUACAGACCUAUUUAACAGUGUGGAUGAUUUUUACAAAUUGUGUUUAAAUUGUUUAGUCACCAGUUUUUUAUUAUGGAUAUGUUGUAGUUUGGCAUGUAAAUUAAAGUUUCUACGUUUUACUAAA